AUGAAACUGAGCACAAUCGUCCUGUCUUUGUGUGCCACUGGCGCCGCCGCCACCCCACCAAACAAAGCCCAUCAUAAUGAUGAGCGUCCAGCCAGCUCGUCGGGCAGCGUCCUUCCGUGGUGGCAGGGCAUCGCCUCGCUAGAGCCAAUCCCGUCCGCCCUCGUCGCAGCCGGCGAGGCCAUUCGGCACUCCACCGUGGAUGCCGCUGUCAGCGCUACGCGGCAGAUCCGUGACCAGGCCCUCGAAGCGCUCAGUAGCCUAGACCGCCCCAAGCACCCCAAGACCAAGCUCACCACCGUCUACCAGACCUUGCAACAGCUCCCAGGCGCUGGCAAUUUCACCAAGCUCCUCGACGAUUUUCCCGACUUGGUAGACGCCCUCAACGGCACCAGCGACGACGGCGGCGAGCACACGCUCUUCCUACCGCUCGACGACGCGUUUGACAAGAUCCCCGACAAGUUCAAGCACCCGAGCCACGAAGCGCUCGGCAAGUUCCUCCACUACCAUGUCGUCCCCGGCACCAAGAGGGCCGUCGACGUCCUGACUAGCUACACGCUCGAGAGCGAGGCUGUCGAGCGCGGCCUGGGCGGCGAGCAUCAGCGCAUCCGCGUCGGCGCCAGCCUGGCCGGCGUCACCCUCAAUGGCUAUGCCAAGAUCAAGGCCGUGGACAUUAAAGCCACCAACGGCGUGAUCCAUGUCAUCAGCGACGUCCUCGCGCCGCCGCCGCCUCUCGGCCCGAUCCUCACCUUCUUCCCGGCUUACUUCUCGACGCUGCUUCUCGCGUACGAGGUCACGGAUUUUAUCAAGUUUGUCCACGGCCAGCACAUUGCCGGCAGCACCUUCUUCGCUCCCAAUAACGACGCCUUCAAGAGCCUCGGCCCCAAGGCCAACGCCUUCCUCUUCAACACCAAGAAGGGCGUCAAGUACCUGGACGCCAUCCUCAAGUACACCAUCGCCCCCAACGCUACCGUGUACAGCGACGCCUUCUACGACAAGCGCACCGCCGCGGCAGCGCCUCCGCAUCAGGACCACUACACCCUCGAGACGUUUCUGCCCGGCGCGUCGCUCGGCGUCGACAUCGCCACCGUGUUCGGCUUCCGCGUCAUCAACGUCAACGGCUUCACGGGCGUCAAGUUCCACGACGCCGUCGGCAGCAACGGCGUGAUUCACGUGGUGGAUAAGGUCAUCCUGCCGCCGCACAACGGGAAGCACGUCGAGACGGCGGACAUUAGCGUCGAUAACUUGACUGACAUCCUCGCCCCCUAUGUGAGUUUGGGGCCGGAGGACGCUGCUUGGGAGGAGCUGUAA